AUGAUCACCGAGCUGGAAAAGCUGCAAAAGGACCCAAUGUGGACCAAGGUCGAGCCCAAGUACGGCCCUCUCGUCGACGAGCUCCAUACUCUGCUAUCCGGCUGCUACGUGGUGGCCCAGAACGAAAUGGUCAAGUUUGAGGAGAUUGGAGAGAAGCGCCAAAUCAAAAUGACCGAGCUGGAGCGUCUGGAUCCCGAUCCCAUUGCCCAGCACGAAAAGUUUCUCGCCAACAGCUCUGGUCGACUCGAUCAACUCAAGGCUCUGUCGUCCCAUGGCUCCGAGAAGAUCCACCCUCCUGUCUGGGAAUACAUCAACUUCAUGAUCGAGUCUUCUCAAAACUCAAAGCUCGACAUCCGGACCCUGGUGGCCGGCAUGUGGGUGCUCGAGAAAGUCUACAAGGAGGCCAUGUUCUACAUUGCUUCUGAGCGGAAGAAGAACAUCAACUCACCCAAGGCAGUCCCCGAGACCAUCGAGGGUGUGGGAAUCGACUCAAUGAUCUCAUGGUGGGCCAAACCCGACUUUGAACAGUUUGUCGAGAAGCUGGGUGUGCUGGCGAACAAGUUCGAUAAGGUGCAGUUUGAUGGAGAGUCUACAGAGCACUAUGAGGAGGUGAGAAAGCAAACCAAGGCUUUUGCCGAGCAGCUUCUCGAGAUGGAGAAGAAGUUCUGGCCUGUCCUGGAGUAG